UACAUCUCUUGAGAAAGAUCGACGACAGUCGCCAUGCGGCUUCUACAGCUCCAGAGUGAUGACGACUUCAGCCUGAUCGAACGCAUUGGUAACGACAUACCACCGUACGCAAUUCUCUCUCAUACUUGGGGGGCAGAUGAAGAAGAAGUCACGUUUAAAGACCUAGUGGAGGGUACAGGAAAGAGAAAGGCGGGAUACCGUAAGCUCGCCUUUUGUGGAAGACAAGCUAAGACAGAUGGCCUUCAAUAUUUUUGGGUGGAUACUUGCUGCAUCGACAAAUCAAGUAGCGCAGAGCUUUCGGAAGCUAUAAACUCUAUGUUCCGCUGGUAUUAUAGCGCGGCUAAGUGCUACGUAUAUCUCUCUGAUGUGUCGACAAGCGGCUCAGCCAGAGACCAGAAGUCCCUCAAGAAGAUAUGGGAACCACUUUUUCGGCGCAGUAAGUGGUUUACUCGAGGAUGGACACUCCAAGAACUUCUUGCUCCAAGAGUUGUGGAAUUCUUUUCCGCGGGAGGAGUAAAACUUGGUGAAAAGAGAGGGAUGACACAAAUGAUUCGCGAAAUCACAGGCAUUGACAUCUGCGUUCUUCAAGGAAAAUCCUUGCAUCAUAUCAGCGUAGAAGACCGGAUGUCAUGGGCAGAGAAACGCCAGACAAAACGCGAAGAGGACGCGGCAUACUCUCUGCUGGGGAUCUUCAAUGUCCAUAUGCCGCUCAUAUACGGAGAAGGAAAGGACAAGGCGUGGCGAAUCGGGUCAUUAUGCUAA